AUGAAAUCUAUUACCGUUCUCUUACUACUUGUCCUAUGUAUCGGUGCUCUAAACUGUGCUAAACGUAAAGUCAGACAAACAGCCAAAUCACAAUUUGACCCAAAAAAGACCUAUGAUUUUACCGACAAAGUUGUGUUGACUACCGGUUCGAGCAGUGGUAUGGGUGAAGAUAUUGUUAAAAUGUUUUCACAAUUUGGUGCCAAAGUAGUGGUCACCGGUAGAAACGCUACAGAAAUACAGCGAGUGGCCAAUGAAUGUGAAAAACUAUCGCCAAAAAAACUAAAGCCGUUACAAGUGGUGGCCGAUGUGUCCGAUGACAAACAAUUGACUGAUUUGCUAAAGAAAACAAUCGAUACGUACGGAAAGUUAGAUGUGUUGGUCAACAACGCCGGUAUUGGAGGACUAACACCAAUAGCUGACUCUAAAUUUAUGACGGCUUUCGAUAAGAUUAUGUCAGUUAAUCUAAGACCCUAUGUUCAGUUGAGUCAUCUGGCAGUACCUUAUUUAAUGAAAACUAACGGCACUAUUAUUAGCAUAUCUAGCAGUUUGACAAUGUCACCGGCAAAAAAUCAAGUGGCUUACGAUGUGUCCAAAGCGGGCGUCGAUAUGAUGACCCGUGUAUUGGCACUGGAAUUGGGACCCAAUAUACGAGUCAAUACUAUUAAUCCCGGACUGACUGACACAAAUUUUCUAAAUAUUAAGGGCGUAGAUCCAGCUGUAAAACAGGCUAUUAUAAAACUGGUUGCCGGACGGACACCAUUGAAACGUUUGGGUCAACCCAUGGAUAUGGCUAAGGGUGUGGCAUUUUUGGCCAGUGACCAGGCACAGUUUAUUACCGGUGCCAAUCUUGUUAUUGAUGGCGGAUUACAUUAUAAUUCGGGUGGAAUUGCAGAUUAG